AUGCCAAAGGACGACGCAGAGACCACGGCUCUGAAGAAAGAGCUUAACGACCUCAUAGCGAAGUCAAAGGCGGAGCAAGAAAAAGCGGCGGAUGCGAAGUUGGCAGAGAAGUGUGGAGAUCUUGGAGAUGUUCAAAAGAUCCGUUUCAUUGUCAAGAAGACUCUGAAGGGGCAUAUUAACAAAGUUAACUCUGUUCACUAUUCUGGAGAUUCCAGGCACUGCGUGACGGGUUCACUAGAUGGCAAGCUGAUAAUAUGGGAUACGUGGAGUGGUAACAAAGUGCAGGUCAUACCAUUACGAUCGGCGUGGGUGAUGAGUGUUGCCUUUGCACCUUCAGGCAACUUUGUAGCCUGUGGUGGUAUGGAUAACAUGUGCACCGUAUAUGAUGUAAACAACCGAGAUGCGACUGGCUCGGCCAAGAUGGUCCGGGAGCUGGCAGGCUAUGAAGGAUUUCUCAGUAGCUGCCGAUUCCUUGAUGAUACGCAUAUCCUCACUGGAUCCGGUGACAUGAAAAUCUGCGUAUGGGACCUGGAAGCGGGAAAGAGGGAGGUAGACUUUAACGCCCACUGCGGUGAUGUGGUCAGCAUCUCUUUGGCGCCAGAUAUGAAAACCUUCGUAACGGGAUCAGUGGACCGCACAUGCAAGCUGUGGGACGUUCGGGCGGAGAAAGAGAAGCAAACGUUCUUCGGCCAUGAAGCUGAUGUGAACUGUGUCUGUUACCACCCAAGUGGGCAGGCGUUUGUGACUGCGUCUGAAGACAAGACAGCCCGUCUCUUCGACAUACGCAGUGACCAACAGAUUGGUCACUACACACCGCCUGGCAACGCUGGGUUCACUAGUUGUGGUCUGUCGUUCAGCGGACGGUACCUGUUGGCGGGAUCUGAUGAUAACUCAAUUCAUUCUUGGGACACACUUAAGGUGGCUCAUACAGGUACACUGAACGCUCAUGAAAAUCGUGUGACCUCAAUAUCUGUCGCCCCGAAUGGAAUAGCCCUUGCCUCCUGUUCUUGGGACCAGAGCGUUCGUGUUUGGGGCUAA